CCCACGGAUCGCAGUUUCCGAGGAACUUUUCGUUUAGGCGGGCCCUCUUCCGAAGCCCGGCGGGUGCCAGCGCCAUGGACGAGCUGCCCUUCAGCGAGACGGCUCUGGAACAGGCGCUGGCCGAGCCGUGCGAACUGGACGCGGCUCUGCUGACCGACAUUGAAGACAUGCUCCAGCUCAUCAACAACCAAGACAGUGACUUCCCUGGUCUCUUUGAUGCCCCCUAUGCUGAGGGUGGGACAGCAGACACAGAACCCACCAGCCCCGGUGCCAGCUCUCAUGAGAGCUUGUCUUCUCCUGCCUCCCUGGGCUCCUCCCUGGAAGCUUUCCUAGGAGGACCCAAGGUGACACCUGCACCCCCAUCCCCUCCGCCAUCUGCGCCCACUGCUUUAAAGAUGUACCCGUCUGUGCCGCCAUUCUCCCCCGGGCCUGGCAUCAAAGAAGAGCCAGUGCCGCUCACCAUCCUCCAGCCGCCAGUGCCGCAGCCAUCACCAGGGACCCUCCUGCCUCCGAACUUCCCUGCACCACCCCUGCAGCUCAGCCCUGCUCCUGUGGUGGGGUUCUCCACCCUUCCUUCAGGCUUCUCAGGGACCCUUCCUGGAAACACCCAACAGCCACCUUCUGGCCUGCCACUGGCCUCAGCACCAGGAGUUUCCCCCGUCUCCUUACACACCCAGGUCCAGAGCUCGGCCUCCCAGCAGCCGCCGCCGCCGCCAGCCUCAGCAACCUCUAGAACAACCACUGUGACAUCCCAGAUCCAGCAGGUCCCAGUUGUGCUGCAGCCACACUUCAUCAAGGCGGACUCACUGCUGCUGACCACUGUAAAGACAGAUGCAGGAGCCACAAUGAAGGCGGCAGGCAUCGGCACCCUGGCCCCUGGCACAGCUGUGCAGGCAGGCCCCUUGCAGACCCUGGUGAGUGGAGGGACCAUCCUGGCCACAGUACCACUGGUUGUGGACACAGACAAACUGCCUAUCCACCGCCUGGCAGCUGGCAGCAAGGCUGUGGGCUCAGCUCAGAGCCGUGGUGAGAAGCGCACAGCCCACAAUGCUAUUGAGAAGCGCUACCGUUCCUCUAUCAAUGACAAGAUUGUGGAGCUCAAGGACCUGGUGGUGGGCACUGAGGCAAAGCUGAAUAAAUCUGCUGUCUUGCGCAAGGCCAUCGACUACAUCCGCUUCUUACAGCAUAGCAACCAGAAGCUCAAGCAGGAGAACGUGGCCCUGCGAACCGCCCACAAAAGCAAAUCACUGAAAGACCUGGUGUCGGCCUGUGGCAGUGGCGGAGGCACAGAUGUGUCUAUGGAGGGCCUGAAACCUGAUGUGGAGACGCUGACUCCUCCACCCUCCGACGCCGGCUCGCCCUCCCAGAGUAGCCCCUUGUCCCUCGGCAGCAGAGGCAGCAGCAGCGGCGUCAGUGACUCGGAGCCCGACAGCCCAGUCUUUGAGGAUAGCCAGGUCGGACUCUGCAACAUGGCUCCUUCCCCUCCCACAGGCCCUGCAGUCUUCCUCCCUCACCUCCCUGCCUCUCUCCAGGUGAAAGCCCAGCUGCCUUCACACAGCCGAGGCAUGCUGGACCGCUCCCGCCUGGCCCUGUGUGCCCUGGUCUUCCUGUGUCUGACCUGCAACCCCGUGGCCUCGCUGUUUGGCUGGAGCAUCUUCCAUCCCUCCGAUGCGGCCAGUGCGCACCACAGCUCUGGGCGCAGCAUGCUGGAGGCUGAGAGCAAAGAUGGCUCUAAUUGGACCCAGUGGUUGCUGCCACCCCUAGCCUGGUUGGGCAAUGGACUACUAGUGUUGGCCUGCUUGGCUUUUCUCUUUGUCUAUGGGGAACCUGUGACUCGGCCACACUCUGGCCCGGCCGUACACUUCUGGAGACAUCGCAAACAAGCCGACCUGGAUUUGGCCCGGGGAGAUUUUGCCCAGGCUGCUCAGCAGCUGUGGCUGGCCCUGCAGGCACUGGGCCGGCCCCUGCCCACCUCGAACCUGGACCUGGCCUGCAGCCUACUUUGGAACCUCAUCCGCCACCUGCUGCAGCGUCUCUGGGUGGGCCGCUGGCUGGCAGGCCAGGCUGGGGGCCUGCAGAGGGACUGUGGGCUGAAAACGGAUGCACGUGCCAGUGCCCGGGACGCGGCUCUCGUCUACCAUAAGCUGCACCAGCUGCAUGCCAUGGGGAAGUACACAGGAGGGCACCUUGCUGCUUCUAACCUGGCACUAAGUGCCCUGAACCUGGCUGAAUGCGCAGGAGAUGCUAUAUCCAUGGCAACACUGGCGGAGAUCUAUGUGGCAGCUGCCCUGAGGGUCAAAACCAGUCUCCCAAGAGCCUUGCACUUUUUGACACGAUUCUUCCUGAGUAGCGCCCGCCAGGCCUGCCUAGCACAGAGUGGCUCAGUGCCUCUUGCCAUGCAGUGGCUCUGCCACCCUGUAGGUCACCGAUUCUUCGUGGAUGGGGACUGGGCUGUGCAUGGUGCCCCACAGGAUAGCCUGUACAGCGUGGCUGGGAACCCAGUGGAUCCGCUGGCCCAGGUAACCCGACUAUUCUGUGAACAUCUCCUGGAACGAGCACUGAACUGUAUCGCUCAGCCCAGCCCAGGGGCAACUGAUGGAGAUAGGGAGUUCUCAGAUGCCCUUGGAUACCUGCAGUUGCUAAACAGCUGUUCUGAUGCUGUCGGGGCUCCUGCCUGCAGCUUCUCUAUCAGCUCCAGCAUGGCUUCCACCACCGGCACAGACCCAGUGGCCAAGUGGUGGGCCUCGCUGACAGCCGUGGUGAUCCACUGGCUGCGGCGGGAUGAGGAGGCGGCUGAGCGGCUGUACCCACUGGUAGAGCAUAUACCCCCAGUGCUGCAGGAGACUGAGAGACCCCUACCCAGGGCAGCUCUGUACUCCUUCAAGGCUGCCCGGGCUAUGCUGGACCACAGAAAGGUGGAAUCUGGCCCAGCCAGCCUGGCCAUCUGUGAGAAGGCCAGUGGGUACCUGCGGGACAGCUUAGCCACUACACCGACUGGCAGUCCGAUUGACAAGGCCAUGCAGCUGCUCCUGUGUGAUCUACUUCUUGUAGCUCGGACCAGUCUAUGGCAGCGCCAACAAUUGCCAGCCUCAGCCCAGAUAGUUCACAGUGCUGGCAGUGGCCCCCAAGCCUCUGCUCUGGAGCUGCGUGGGUUCCAACAUGAUCUGAGCAGCCUGAGGCGCUUGGCACAGAGCUUCCGGCCUGCUAUGAGAAGGGUGUUCCUACAUGAGGCCACAGCUCGGCUGAUGGCAGGGGCAAGUCCUGCCCGGACACACCAGCUCCUGGACCGCAGUCUGCGGAGGCGGGCAGGUUCCAGUGGCAAAGGAGGCGCUGCAACUGAGCUAGAGCCUCGACCCACAUGGCGGGAGCACACGGAGGCCUUGCUGUUGGCCUCCUGCUAUCUACCACCUGCCUUCCUGUCGGCCCCUGGGCAGCGCGUGAGCAUGCUGGCAGAGGCAGCGCGCACUGUAGAGAAGCUUGGUGAUCACCGCCUACUGCUUGACUGCCAGCAGAUGCUCCUGCGCCUGGGUGGUGGGACCACAGUCACUUCCAGCUAGACCUGAUGGUUCCCCAGUAUGAGGGGCCCUUGAGGACCUUUGUCACUGGCUGUGGUCGGUCCAGAGAAGGUGAGCCUGACAAGUGAUCAGGAUCAUGCCGACCUCUAGUGGCAGAUCUGGAAAUUGCAGAGGCUGCACUGGCCCAAUGCCACCUAAUGCCACCCUCUUGUUCUGUAGGCACCUUAGUGGCUUUCCCCUAGCCAAGGGGCCACCCUGUCUCAUAGCUGGCUCUCACCUCUUCCUGGGAGACUUGUACAUAGUAUAGACCCAGCUGAGCCAGUUCCUGUGCGGGCUCAUGUACUACUUUGACUUUUGCAAACUUUAUUUUCAUAGGUUGAGAAAUUUUGUACAGAAAAUUAAAAAGUGACAUUAUUUAUAACCUCAGUUUUGUUUAUCUGAGUGAGCAGAUGUCUGCCUCAUCUGUGUGCCAUCCUUCCUAGAUUACCCUCUGGGAAGCAGGACUUCCCAGGUGCUGUAAGGGUGUAUUUGCUGGUUUCUGCCAACCUAUCUCGCUGCCCUCAUGGCCACACUUUUGCUAUAUCAACCUUGGGGGGUCU